CUGAAUCAACACCUGUUACAGAAUCACCAACAUCUGUGCAGGAUUCUGAAUCAACACCUCAACCAGAGCCAGUACCAGAAUCGCCAACAUCUGGACAUGAUCCUGAGCCAUCAUCUGAACCAACAUCUGUUACAGAAUCACCAACAUCUGGGCAGGAUUCUGAGCCAACACCUGAACCAGAGCCUGCAACAGAAUUACCAACAUCUGGACAGGAUCCUAAACCAUCAUCUGAACAAGCACCUCCACCAGAAUCGCCAACAUCUGGACAUGAUCCUGAACCAGCACCUGUUACAGAGUCACCAACAUCUGGGCAGGAUUCUGAAUCGACACCUGAACCAGAGACAGCAACAGAAUCAGCAACAUCUGGGCAGGAUUCUAAACCAACACCUGAACCAGCACCUGUCACAGAAUUACCAACAUCUGGACACGAUCCUGAACCUUCCUCUGAAUCAGCACAUGUUACAGAAUCACCAACAUCUGUGCAGGAUUCUGAAUCAACACCUGAACCAGAGCCAGUACCAGAAUCACCAACAUCCCGACAUGAUCCUGAACUAUCGUCUGAACCAAAACCUGUUACAGAAUCACCAACAUCUGGGCAGGAUUCUGAGCCAACACCUGAACCAGCAGCUGCAACAGAAUCUUCCACAUCUGGGCAGGGGUCCGAACCAACUCCUGAACCAGCACCUGUUACAGAAUCACCAACAUCUGAACAGGAUCCUGAACCAUCUUCUCAAUCAGAACCUGCAACAGAAUCUCCAACAUCUCUGCAAGAUUCUGAACCAACACCUGAACCAGGACCUCUUACAGAAUCACCAAUGUCUGGGCAAGACUCACAACCAACACCUGGUUCACACAUCACACCUGCAGCAGGACCUGAAGCUGAAUCACCAGCAAUCAAUCCUCAAUCACCUGCGCAUGACUUGAAUGUCACACCUAAGUCAGACACCACGAAUAAAGAUGAUUACU